AUGGGCAUCGUAAAAUCGCGUCUUGGUUUUAUUAUUGCUCUGGUCCACCAUACUCGUUUCUCAGCCAUGGAUACUACGGAGACCGGAGACGCGAAGCUAGCUUCUUCUCGCUCUCGUAACCUGCUUGCGAGAGGAAUACCUAUGAAGAAAACGAGGAGGAUUGCGAGGAAGAUGAAAGCUGAGGCUAAAGCUGUAGCAUUGGACGAGGAGAAGAAUUCAGUGAAAGGGAAACCUAUGAAGAGAACGAAGAAUGUGAGGAAGAAGAAAGCUGUGGCUAAAGCUAUAGCGCUGAGCGAGAAGUAUGAAAAGAAAGCGACAAAGGACGAAGACAAAACUUUUAGAACUAUUUCGGCCAAACAAUUAGGAAUGUACAAAACAUUAUCUCAACUCUCAAGUCCCGGUGAUUGA